AUGGUUUACAGCAAGCCGAAUACGUCUACUGGCGCUAUGAAGCGCUCUGCUUCCGCCCUUCAUGAAGGCGCUCCUGGGUGGGAUGUCGCUCCCCCCAUGAUGACCCCAUCGCGUUCAUCUUUCCGCCUGCCAUAUGCGCACUACGCCCUGAUCUACCUCGACAAUGACGGCAAGCUCAAGGUGGACGAGUCUGCCUCGAUCCAGGAGCAAAAUUCCACCGUUUUCACCCCAGAGGUCCGCCAGAACUUCCUCGAGAUCCUUGGUGAACGCAUUGGCUUCCACCAGCCCAUUCGCCGUACCUUGGACGCAUCCCCUCGCCGUGUCCGCCGUCGCCGUGGCAAUGCGCCUGGCUCUGGCAUCGUCGACGACCGCCUGGCCGACGCUGGCUCGGACAGCGAUGACUUCUCCCCAAAUGGCUCCAACGAGAUGGUCCCCCUUCGCAUCGGCGAUACCUCCAAGGUUAUGAGUUACUACGAGGGUGCCCUGAAGCACUUCCAGCAACUCAACUGCCGCAUGGUCGCCAAGGCCUUCAUCAAAUUCAUCGAGCCCCGCAAGCAGGUCCGACACCCUUACAACGGCGGUAAGCCUCCACCAGGCUCGGCUCCCGGCACGACUGGCGACCCCGAGAAGACUAAGCCCGAGUGGUGGCCCCCGGGUGUCAUGCACAAGGAGCCUGACCACCUGCGAAAAGAGUACCGCAUUGAGCUUCUGCUUCAUAUCAUUCGCAAACUUGGUGGCCAUGGUAUCACAGCCGAUAAGCUGAAGGAGGUCGCUGGCGACACAAAGCGCAGUCUGAAGCACGCGUCCCAUGUGGAGAUCAUCUAUGAGAUCCUCCGAGUGCGCAAGAUGGAGGAGCGUUUUGAGCGCGGAGAAGUCGAUUCCAACAUGGUCGUCUAUGUGAUGAACCGAGGACCCAGCCCUAAGGGUGAUGAGGACGAGGAAUCCAACGAGGGCACCGUUACCGCCAUCGAGGGCCCCGAGUCCAUCGAGGACGGCCUUCUGACUCCGACUUCCUCGAUCGCACAAAACGCUUCGCUGACGACUCCCAUUGAUACAAUGCCCUCCAUGCUUAGCACCCCGGUCACCGCCGAGAUGAUCAGCCCGCACGACGUCUCAGUCUUCGAUUACUCCAACUCCCACCCAUUCCCGAGUUCAACACCGGACCAAAAAUACGACACCUGGGCCCCCACCUUCCGUCAGAAUAUCUUCAGCCCGGUGGACUACAACACCCCCGCUACGACACAUGGCCUGCCACCACCCGCGAUGCAAUACCAUAUGCCCAUGGCAUCGCCAGCCCAGCUCCACGACAUGACGCCCAUGGAUUCGAUGGGCCAGCGGGCCCUACCCUUUCGCACUGGCUCGCUGGGUCACCCGCACGAAAUGCCUCUCCCCCACCCAGCCUAA